AUGGAAACAACUACUCUGCAAUCCACCCAAUCAUCUAUUCACUUGCAAGAGUUGCAGACAGCUAUCACUGGCUACAAUUGCGUUCAUCCAUUGCAUCAUCCUCGUUCAGCAAUCGUCUCCUCCUCGUUCCUUCCACCCACCUACACCAUGGCUGUAAAGGCAGGAGCGAUGAAUGCAGGAAAUGAGUCAGAAACUUCAGUGGUUUCUUUUGUUGCCUUCCUCCCAUCCACUUGCCUUGCAUUUAUAUCACAUUCCAUUGCGUCCUAUUUACUUUUCACAGAUUCGAAUCAGUCACCUCUGGCAACUCCAUCCAUUCUGUCUUCAAAUGGAGUACAAUGGAUGGAGAGUUGCUCAAAUAAGCCGUUCACCAUUUUUUGCAAUGAAGCAUUACGAGUGGACAAUUUCCAGACCACCUUCGUUUUUCGUCCACACUUGAAUGCAUUUUCAGAAUUGCAAAAGUUGGAUUAUGGGAGCAGUCAAUCUGCAGGUUAUAGAAGUGGAUUUUCUCCUUCGGAGGCGUUAACUAACCAUGGUCAAGUAAACUUGAAUGUAUUGUAA